AUGCUAGCAGGAUGGCAGGAAUUCCGCUGGGAGAGCCCCCUCGGCACGGAGCCGUGCCUGCUUUGGGAGCAAGGAUUGGAGGCCUCGCUUUCAGGGAAGGAGCAGGACGGCGUGGUUGUCCCCACGUCGGGGGGCAGGUAUGAUGUGCACCUGCGGACGCGGCAGCGCGUGGCCGUGUACUGGGAGGAGGAGGUGGCUGAAGUGCGGCGCUGCACCUGGUUUUACAAGGGGGACAAGGAUAAUAAGUUCAUUCCCUACUCGGAAUCCUUCAGUGAGGAACUGGAGGAAGCUUACAUGAUUGCUGUAACCCUGGGGGAGUGGAAGAGGAAGCUGGAGUCCCCCAACAGAGAAGUCAUUAUCCUGCACAACCCAAAGCUGAUGGUUCACUACCACCCCGUUGCCAGCUCUGACGACUGGGUCUCCACCCCCACGGAACAAGGUCGGCCCCGGACUGUGAAGAGAGGAGUGGAGAACAUCGCUGUCGAGAUCCCCAACGGAGAGCCACUGCAGAUCGACCACCUGGUGUUCGUGGUGCACGGGAUCGGCCCCGCCUGCGACAUCCGCUUCCGCAGCAUCGUGCAGUGUGUGAAUGAUUUCAGGAACGUCUCGCUCAGCAUGCUGCAAGCACACUUCAGGAAGGCCCAGGAGCAGCAGCAGGUCGGCCGGGUGGAGUUCCUGCCCGUCAACUGGCACAGCUCCCUGCACUCCACUGGCGUGGACGUCGACCUGGAGCGGAUCACGCUGCCCAGCAUCAACCGCCUGCGUCACUUCAUCAACGACACCAUCCUGGACGUGUUCUUCUACAACAGCUCCACCUAUUGCCAGACCAUCGUGGACACGGUGGCCUCAGAGAUGAACCGCCUGCACCAGCUCUUCCUGCAGAGGAACCCGCAGUUCAAGGGCGGGGUGUCCAUCGCGGGGCACAGCCUGGGGUCACUCAUUCUGUUUGAUCUCCUGACAAACCAGAAGGCUGAUCCUGAGGAGGACGAGCACUGUGAACAGGGCUCCAGGGCAGCCUCAAGCACGGGGGGUAUUGAGGAAGUAAAAGAAAUCCUGAAGAAGCUGGAGCUGUUUGAGUAUUGUGAUGUUUUUGAGAAGGAGAAAAUGGACAGGCAAGCACUGUUCUUGUGCACAGAGGAAAACCUUAAAGAAAUGGGAAUUCCCUUAGGGCCAAGAAUGAAAAUACUCCAUUACAUCAGCUCCAGGACAGAGAGGAAGGAUCAGAGCUCAGCAGCUCCUGGGCACAGUGACCGUGGAGCCGAGCCAGGGUCCCCAUCCCAGCGUGGGGACAGCUCAGAGGAUGGCAGGAGCUGCCAAUACCGGGACGUUGGCUUGGGACAGGUCUCGGCAAACUACCCCCAGCUGAACUACAAGCCCACCAUCUUCUUUGCCUUUGGCUCUCCCAUUGGGAUGUUCCUCACAGUGCGAGGAGUGAAGCGGAUCGACCCAAACUACAGCCUGCCCACCUGCAAAGGCUUCUUCAACAUCUUCCACCCCUUUGACCCGGUGGCGUAUCGGAUCGAGCCCAUGAUUGUCCCAGACCUGGAGUUCGAGCCGAUGCUGCUGCCCCACCACAAGGGCAGGAAGAGGAUGCACCUCGAGCUGAAGGAGGGGCUGACCCGCAUGAGCGUGGACCUGAAGAACAACCUGCUGGGCUCGCUGCGGGUGGCCUGGCAGUCCUUCACCCGCGCCCCGCUGCCAGCCCUGGAGGCAGGGAGCACCGAGGCUGAAGCAGAGGCAGAGGCCAGCACUGAGAAGCAGCCAGACACAAAGGCAGAGGAGCCCCCAGCAGCAGUGAAGGAAGAGACUGCCCCCAUCAACGUGGGGAGGCUGAACGGAGGGAACCGCAUUGACUACGUGCUGCAGGAGAAGCCAAUAGAGAGCUUCAACGAGUAUUUGUUUGCACUCCAGGGGCAUCUCUGCUAUUGGGAGUCAGAGGACACUGUUCUGCUGGUUCUGAAGGAGAUCUACCAGACUCAAGGCAUCACACUGGAUCAACCUUUACCAGGAAGCCAGUGACCAACCUGUGCUGUCCUGGCUGUCCAAUCCCACUGAGUACUCACCAGGAAAAUCCAGAUCUCUUCUCUGCCUUCCUCUCUCCUCUGCUGCCGUGUCCUGCAUGCUGCUUCCCAAGUACCUGCUGCUGCCUGGAGAUAAGGAUGGAUUUUCCUCCAUUUUGGGUAGGGGGAAAAACUGUCAAGGGAAAAACACUUCUUCUCAAACACACGUAACACCUGUAGAGUGACUCCCUGUGGCAAUGUGAACCCUCCACCUGUGAGUCCCCACACCAGCUCCUCCAGCACUGCAGCAGACGAGCUGUCCAGGCUCAGAGCCUGGUCCUGACCCUGUGCCUGGCUUGAUGAGGACACCCACAGCCCAGGACCUUGAGGAGGAGAAAAAGCCUUAAACACAGAGUGUGGAAAACACAGAGUGUGGAAAGAGCGACAGCAGCCUGGGAGCAAGGGAGAUCUCUGACUGCUAACAGCAGCAGCCACGCCAGCGCUGCCAGGAGGCGAAGCCCAGGGCACAGGGUCUGCCCAGCAGCCACCCCCGUGUCCCUGCACUGCUGCUGCAUGUUUGUGCAGCCCUGGGCCGUGCCAGGCAGGGCUGCCCCGUGCUCCUCCCUGCUGGGGUGUGCUGGUAGUGACAGCUCUGCACCCUCACCCAGCCCGUGCUGGCAGACAAGGGGCUCUGCACAGCACUGAGCAAGGCAGUCCCUGCUCUGAGGAAAGCUUCAGCCCCAGCUCCAGCCAGCCUGGGGAGCAGCAGCUGCUGCUGGCAGUGCCAGGACAGUGUGAGCCCACUGUGCCCCACAGGGACACAGAGCAGCGAUGUUGUCCCACAGGGCUGGCGGGUGAGGACGGAGAUCUCCUGCUCACCACGCUCCAAGUCCUUGUUUUCAGCUUUAAAUGUACAAAACUCAGCCAGCAGAGGUGGAACCGGAUCCAGCAGGGUCUGGACACUGCAGGAAUGACACCAGCUCUGUAGGCAGCUCAGUCUGCACCUGCCUUGAAGCUGUUUUUUGGGGGGGACAGGGCAGGAGAGCCUCUGUGAUCCUUCCCUGGCCACCAAAGCCCCUGGGCUGGCUCAGUGCCUGGGCUGGGGCUCCAGUGCUGUGUGAGGUGUUGCUGUGCAGCCUUUGGAAGAGCCAAACCACUUUCCUUCCUGCUGACUUUUGCCCUGCAUGGGGUAAGGAGCCUUUUUCCCCCACAGCCUGUUGGUUUGUUUUUCCUCCAUUGUCUGUUGUUUGCACUAUCGGAAGGGUUUUGUUUGCAGCCCCCAUCCUUCCCUCCCCUCCCAAGAACAGAAGCUGUUCUUUACCUGACUGCAGGAACAGCCAAGCUGCUCAGUCAGCACUGAACUACUGCUGGCUGAGGUCUCAUGGGAAUAGGAAAGGAAAGUCUUAACAUGGGACACUAAUGAUCAGCUUUUUAAGUUACGCACUUUGUUAAAAAAAAAAGAAGUUAAAUACAUUUUAAAUGUUAAUGUCUUUUCCAGUAAAAGCCAAAAUAAAUAAGUAGAUGAC